AUGGCGCAAAACCCCCCAAAGGUCGAGGCCACUGUUGGCUCCGAAGAGGCACGACAAAAAGGAAAGGCCACUCCAGACACGAUCAAGAUAGGAUGCAUUGCGAUGGUGACAAAGGACGGCUUUCCGCGCCGGGCCGAAAUUCUCAGCAUCAAAGAAACGAGGAGCGGCCGGCAAUUCUACUGCAACUUCGACAACUUCAACAAGCGCCUCGACGAGUGGGUGCCGGUAUCCCGGAUCGACUUCGACCAGGACGUGGAGUGGCCGAAUCCCGACAAGGACAAGCCCAAGGACGGAAAGGGGAAGAAAGGAUCCACGGCGCCGUCCAAGAAGUCGCAGCCGAAGAAGUCCCAGAAGCGGCCGAGCAAGAGGGAGCAGUCGGUGACAUCAGCGUCCGAGGUCACCACGCCGCACCCGUUUUCCGACACGGUCGAGUCGAACCAAAAGUUCACGCCCGCCGCCGAGGAGAGCCAGGCGCAGACGCCCGCGAAUGGCGAGGUCACGUCGACGACGACGACGAGGACGACGCCGGCGGCGGCGGCGGCGGGGGGCGGCGGGGACGAGAUGGACGUCGACGGCGAAGAAGUGCUACGGGCGGGAGCGGCGAUUGCGGCGCCCAAGCGCGCCGAGACGAACGGGUUCAGCCGCGAGGCGGAGAUUGAGAAGCUGAGGACACACGGCAGCAUGACGCAGAACCCGGCCGAGAUCUCGCGGAUCCGGAACAUCUCCAAGGUGCAGUUCGGGAAACACGACCUCUUCCCCUGGUACUUCUCGCCGUACCCGGAGGCCUUCGGCAUGGAAGACGUCAUGUACAUCUGCGAGUUUUGCCUGGGGUACUACGGCGACUUCAAGUCCUUCUCGCGGCACCGGACGAAGUGCACGCUGCAGCACCCGCCGGGCAACGAGAUUUACCGGGACGAGUCGGUCUCGUUUUUCGAAAUCGACGGGCGGAGGCAGCGGACGUGGUGUCGGAACCUGUGUCUCCUGUCCAAGAUGUUCCUCGACCACAAGACGCUCUACUACGACGUCGACCCGUUCCUGUUCUACGUGAUGACGGUCCGAGACGACAAGGGCUUCCACCUCGUGGGGUACUUCUCCAAGGAAAAGGAGAGCGCGGACGGCUACAACGUCGCCUGCAUCCUUACGCUGCCGCAGUACCAGCGCAAGGGCUACGGGCGGCUGCUGAUCCAGUUCUCGUACGAGCUGUCCAGGAUCGAGGGCAAGCUGGGGUCGCCGGAGAAGCCGCUGUCGGACUUGGGCCUCCUGAGCUAUCGGCAGUACUGGGGCGAGAACAUUAUCGAUCUCCUUGUGGGGUUCAACGAGCGGGACGACCGGGUGACGAUCGAGCACAUCUCCACGGCGCUCGCCAUGACCCCGCAGGAUGUGGAGCACACGCUGGGGGCGCUGAGGAUGCAGAUCUACCACAGGGGCGAGCACAAGAUUGUGAUCCCGGAGAAGUUGAUCCUGCAGUGGGAGAAGCAGAAGACGAAGAAGAGGCGCGUGAUCGACCCGUCGCGUAUCCAAUGGAAGCCACCGGUGUUUACCGCUUCGAGUAGGACAUGGGGGUGGUAA